CGCCAGCCGAAUCUCGCAUCUGCGCAGUUGCUGUUAUUUGUGUUCGUCGAGCCGCAGUCCCGGAUGUUGUGGCUGCCGGGGGGGAGAUGGCGGAGGUUGAGGGGGUAGUUGCGGCCCCAGGGCCAGCUUCAGGGUUGGCUUUCAGGGGCCGCCAAGCUAUGUCCGGCUCCUGUGAGCGUGACCAGCAGGUUGAGGCGACGCAGCGGGCCCUGGUGGAGGUGUUGGGGCCCUACGAGCCCCUGCUGAGCCGGGUCCAGGCAGCCCUGGUGUGGGAGCGGCCAGCCAGGAGCGCCCUGUGGUGCCUGGGGCUGAAUGCGGCUUUCUGGUUUUUUGCACUGACAUCCCUUCGUCUUGUGUUUUUACUUUCAUUUGGCUUGAUGAUCAUUGUCUGUAUUGAUCAAUGGAAGAAUAAAAUUUGGCCUGAGCUGAAAGUGCCAAGACCCGACGCAUUAGACAAUGAGAGCUGGGGCUUUGUUCACCCGAGGUUGCUCAGCGUACCUGAGCUCUGCCAUCAUGCAGCUGAAGUCUGGGUUAGUGGGACCAUUUUCAUAAGGAAUCUUUUGCUUUUCAAAAAGCAAAACCCAGGCAAGUUCUGCUUGUUGAGCUGUGGGAUUCUGACCUUUUUGGCUGUCUUGGGCCGCUACAUCCCUGGACUCCUGCUGUCCUAUUUGAUUCUUGUCACUGUCAUGAUAUGGCCCCUUGCUGUGUACCACCGACUGUGGGAUCGAGCCUAUGUGCGGCUAAAGCCAGCUCUACAGCGGCUAGACUUCAGUGUCCAUGGCUACAUGAUGUCCAAGCAGAGAGAGAGACAACUGCGCCGCAGAGCUCUACACCCAGAACGUACUGCAGAUAACAGUGACAGUGAAGAAGAGCUUGCUGCCUUCUGUCCUCAGCUGGAUGAUUCUACAGUUGCCAGGGAAUUGGCUAUCACAGACUCGGAGCACUCAGAUGCUGAAGUCUCCUGUACAGACAAUGGCACAUUCAAUCUUUCAAGGGGCCAGACACCUUUAACAGAAGGCUCUGAAGAUUUAGAUGGCCACAGUGAUCCAGAGGAAUCAUUUGCCAGAGACCUUCCAGACUUCCCUUCUAUUAAUGUGGAUCCUGCUGGCCUGGAUGAUGAAGACGAUACUAGCAUUGGGAUGCCCAGCUUGAUGUACCGGUCCCCACAAGGAACUGAGAUUACCCAUGCUCCCCCUUCCAGCCAGGGGGAAGCUGCACUGCCAGAGCUUCUGCUUGGUUCCCUUCCUGUAGGAUCCAACCUUACCAGCAACCUUGCCAGCCUGGUCUCGCAGGGCAUGAUCCAGCUGGCCUUGUCAGGGGCCUCCCAGACAGGCCCUUCUGGCCCACCUCCUCGGAGAGCAACAAGAGGUUUUCUCCGGUCUCCUAGUUCAGACCUGGACACUGAUGCUGAAGGAGAUGACUUUGAACUUCUGGACCAGUCAGAGCUGAAUCAGCUGGAUCCUUCGAAUUCCAGGAGCCACUAAGAAUACAAGAGACUCCUUUUUGGGAAUCACUGCGGUUUAGGAUUUUUUUUUUUCCUCAUUCCAUUUAAGGUGAUAGGAGAAGGGAAGAACCCAGGCAGGUCCCAUCCCCUCAAUUAUCUUUGUAUGCUGGGUGGCCUGGCUGUUGUUCAGAGGCCUAUUUAAAGGAUACUCAUUUCCCUGCUGCCAGCUGGACAUCCAUUUCUGUGCUUAGUCACUGAGAUGAGAAUGUGCUUCCCCAAGGGAGGCUUCUACCAAGAUGGUACUUUGAGGAACAAAGUUGUCAGGGAUAUUCUUUCCCCUUUGAGGAAGUGCUGCUGUUUGCUUUUAGGUCUGGGUGCUCAGGGCCCUCACUGACAAAAGAGCCCACCCUUUAUUUCCUCUAUCUCCCUGGAACCCCCAAAGUCAGGCAGCAGCUGGAAGAGUUGUCAUCUUUUGUUAAAUCAUGAUUUUUUGUUUUUAAAGCAAGCUUGUCCUUUGGCUCUUCAGAACAAGCCUGCUUCCCUUUCUCCAGCCCAUCUUCUUGUUAACUGACCCCCAGUGCUCCAAAAUAUUUGUGAAAUGUUAAGAAAUGUGAAUAUAAUGCAGGGAUGGGCCAUUCUUAUACAUCACCUCGAGCCAUAGGGGUCAGAUAGCUGUUGGUAGGGUUAGUGAGUGCCUCUUUAUCUUGAGAUCUCACUGAAUCUUUUGGAGUUGUGUGAUUGCCUUUGGUGCUGCUAACCCUUAGCUCUAUUUGCAUUGGCCUGAGCAGUAAGCAAAGCAAUACCACAGCCAUUUUUAUGUUCCUAUUCCUUCCCUGUUCCUUUGGAAAAGCAAUAAUUCCAUGGGUGGGUGGAGGGGUCCAAAGUAGCACUUUAUAAAUGGCUUUGUGGCAUUCUUCCCAGGAGCCUCAAACUCUUUUGCACCAACUAUUCUUACUACCUUUUCAGCUUCUUUAUUUUCAACUGCUCCCCUACUUGGUUAAGGCUACCUUUAAAGAUGAGCCCAGUUAGCAAGAAUGUGUCUGCAGAGACCCUUCUGGGUGGUAUGUGCUCUGCAGACUCUAGUAAAAUCAUGUAAAGAACCCAAAAUGGUCAUUAGUUCUAAACCUGUCCAGCCUACUGCCUCACUUUGCCUCCCUAAUCAGAGCUCAAGCCAAACUCUUCUAUCCUCUUUCCUUCUUGCAUUAACCCUUUGCUGAUCCUCAGGGACCACUCCCCCAACACCACCCCCAUACAUGAAUGAGGGAUGUUGGACAGAGCCUAUUUUCAUGUGCUACAGGUGGGGGGAGGGGUGCUGUUUGCUCUUGGUUGAUAGACAAGCUAGAGACUAGGGAGUGAAAAUAGUUAAUAUUGAGAAAGAUCUGGGUUCCUGUUUCACAGUCAUUUAUCCUGUUAGACGAUUAGAGGUAAUGGCAUCUCCCCACUUUAGGGUUCUCAGACUUUGAAUGACAUCUCCCCAGAGCACAGAUGUCUUACAGAUGUGCUCUAAUAUGGGAGGGGGAAGGGAAAGGAGUGGGAUUUUGUGUGUUUGUUUGCAUGAGUGUGUGUAGCUUUAGGCCUUGGGAGUUGGCAAGAGGGAGGGAAGGAAGUUGAGCAAAAUCUUUGGUUUUUCUUGUACCUGGGGGAUCCUGCUCUAAAUCUCUUUAAUCCUCCACUGUGAAUCUGGGGGUGGGCCA